GUUGCUUUAGAGCUGUGGAUUCUACUUCUUGUCUGGUUGUUCUUAAUUUAUUUAAGAUUACUUAGCGUGUUGUUGUUACCUUAAAACAUCCACAGAAUCAUGUAAUCUUUUGUGUUUAAAAUUCAAAACACUUAAAGAUCUUCUUGUGGGAAUAAGUAUUCCCUAAUUUUUAAUUCUGUUUGGACUUAAAGUUACAAGAGUCAUGCUUUCGUAUGAAUCUAUAUAUCAUUAGGUACCUAACUUUCAAUUAUGCUAGCAGCGUGAACUAGUGAAAUUUCAAAUUAUUGCAGCUUUAUACCAAGUCUUUUUGAGUGUUUCGGAUCAAAGAUAACUUCUGCAAUGAUUUUAACAAAGUGAAAGAGAUAACAGGAGUUGGGAUUGCAUUGUUAGUUAAUCUUUGAAUCAAAAUGAGUGCAGCGGCUACAAUGUCCAUGCCCCGAGAAGCGUCUAAUUACGAUGAGAUCUCUAUGCAACAGAGCAUGCUCUUCUCUGAUAGUCUUAAGGAUCUAAAAAAUCUGAGAACACAGUUGUAUUCAGCAGCUGAGUAUUUUGAACUAUCCUACACAAAUGAUGAACAAAAACAGAUAGUCGUGGAGACACUGAAAGAUUACGCGAUAAAGGCUUUGGUGAAUACAGUUGACCAUUUGGGGUCUGUGACGUAUAAAGUCAAUGACUUUGUCGAUGAAAAAGUUGAUGAAGUUGCAGGAGCCGAACUACGAGUGUCUUGCAUCGAACAGAGGCUACGGAUGUGCCAAGAGUACAUGGAUCAUGAAGGUCGUUCUCAGCAGUCACUUUUGAUCGAGACUCCAAAGUUCCACAAGCGAUACAUCUUGCCUUCGGGCGAAAUCAAAAGAGGUGGCAACCUCGCAAAGCUGAAGAAUGUUGAAGGUAGUUUUGAUGGAGAAGAGGACUUGAACCAAUUCAGAAAUGCUGUUCGUGCUAAAAUUCGGGAAACGCCUCCACCACCCGUAAAAAAACCAAUACUUCAGUCUCCGUCUCAAAGGAAACCUCAACGUUCAGCAACCUUUUCGUUCUCGUCUAUCUCCACAGCACCAAAGAAAGAACAAGAUAAGCGAGAAGUAUCACCUCAUCGGUUUCCCCUUCUAAGAUCUGGUUCGGUUGCAAUCCGACCGUCAUCAGUUAGCCGGCCAACGACCCCGAGCAAGAGUAGAGCGGUAACUCCAACUCCUAAACGGUAUCCAUCAGAACCAAGAAGAUCAGCUUCGGUUCGCGUUGCGUUUGAGAAAGAAGCACAAAAAGAACCAGAGCAUCAACACCAACCAAGCAAGAGCAAACGGCUGCUUAAGGCGUUGCUUAGCCGACGCAAAACCAAGAAGGACGAUACUCUCUACACUUACUUAGACGAGUAUUGAACCGAAAGCUGGCUUUGUAUUUCCACUGGUAAACCAGAAAAUUACAUUCCAGUUUUUAUUACAUUUUUGUAUUAUAUAAUGUCAAUAUAUAUGCUUUUUGUUACAUUUUGAUGUGAA